CCACCAGUUCGGUUCGAGACGAUACUAAUUUGUCGUUGGCCACGCGGCGAAGACCCCUCCUCCCCUUGGGAAAAAAUAACCAUCCCCAAAUGUAGCGUUCAUCGGCCGCUUCGGCAGUGGGUCUUCCACCACAGAUUUUGUCCAUGCACGGCUCCCAUAUUAAUAGUGAUCGCCUGCCCACCCCAGAAGUACCUGGAAUCUCGCACCUGGCGUUCCCUGGCCAGCCAUUCUUCCCCGGUAGUGGUCAUGGCGAGCGAUGAACAGCAGUGGGCUACGGCCACCACCACUUCUGUCACGGUGCUUGCCUUUCUGUGUGUUGUGCUGCGCAUUGUCUCUCGUUUGGAACGCAAGCAGAAACUUUGGUGGGAUGAUUAUAUGAUUAUCUUUUCGAUGGGGUGGAACUUCGUCGUGGUCGGAUUCAUCUAUGCCAUGAUUCAUGAAGGCAUGGGCGUUCACGCUGACCAAUUAUCUACUGAACAAGUCAUCCUCAUCGCCAAAUUCCUGGUUGUGGCCGAGAUCCUCUACGUCUUCAACCUGGUCUGGACCAAGCUCAGCAUCCUGCUGAUGUACUACCGCAUCUUCCACUUUCCCUACUUCAAGCGCUGGGCCUAUAUCAUCGGCACUUUUAUCAUUUGCUGGGUCAUCUGCAUCACCUUUCUCUUCAUUUUCAUUUGUGUUCCUGUCCAGAAACUCUGGUAUCCUAGUCUACCCGGCCACUGCAUCUCCCAGGUCGGCACCUGGAUCGCCAACGCCACUUCAACCAUCACGACCGAUCUGGUGAUCCUUCUCCUGCCUUUACCACAAGUCUGGAAGCUGCAGCUCCGCCUGUCGGAGAAGUUAGCGUUGACCAUCGCCUUUGGUCUCGGGUUCUUCGUGGUCUUUGCCUCCGCGUACCGCUUCACGGUCCUCUUCUCCUACACCACCGCCGACAGCUCCUACACCCUGGCCCCGACCGUCGGCUGGACAGCCAUCGAGAUGUCAGCUGGGAUCGUGUCCGCCUGCCUCCCAACCAUCCGCCCCGCCCUGCAACUCGGCGCCCGCCUGCUGGGCAUCCAAGCCGUCAUGCCCGCCAUCUUCCGCAGCACCGGCCACUCCGCCAACCACCUCUCCGUCAAGUCCGAGGCCACCCAACUCGGCAGCCGCCACGUGGCCGCGGGCGACAUCCCGCUAUCUACCAGCGGGGCCGGGGGCACGACCUCUUCCACCGGCCCCGUUGUCCGCCACUCGUUCUACCAUCUGCCUGACGAAGCUGAGCUGUCCGAGAUUGACAGCCUGCCGCGGAAGAUGGAGGCGUCGCUGCGCCCGAAGCAUGAUCGCGGCCAGACCGUCACCAAGAUCCGCGGAAGGACGAGCGUGGCGUCCGGGGAGGAUGAUUUGCUGCCCUUGCAUGGCAUUCGCGUGCAGAAGGAUUUUCGGCAGGAAGGGUAGUGCUUUACCUUUUGUUUGGCUGUUUGGCUGUUUGGCUGGCUGUUUUAUAGCGUGAGGCGUAUCUGGGGGGUUUCCUCUUCAUUUCCUUUUGUCUUGGUCUUUGUGGUGGUUGGGUG